AACAACGAGUUCAGCAUGGCGAUUAUUUAUCGGUGAUAGUGUGUGACCAGAUUUGUUUCGUGUGAAAGAUGCUGUGGUGGUUGUAUUGAACGUUCGGACCAACUCCGAGACUCGUUGCUUGGGAUCGCGUAGCUUGGUGUGUGAAAGAUGGCGUGAACUGAAGUGCACAGUGGGAAGAUGCUUGGAAGAUGCGUCUUGGCGUUCUACAGGAAAAAUCACAGCAUUGAUCUAUUUUUCAUGACUUUUUGGACGUAGAAUGGCAGCUCUGUUUAGUCGUAGUGUCCUGAAGGUUUCAGUUGCUCAGAUAUGUCAAAACAUUGGCUGGCACGCCGUGCAUCAGUCAACGUUGGAGUUGCUUGCUGACAUACUUCAUCGUUAUGUACUUGAAAUCGCCAGGACAGCGCAAGCCUAUUCAAAUCAAGAUGGGCGAACCGAGCCCAACUUGGAUGAUCUCUCGCUAGCAUUCAAUGAUCUGGGCAUCCUGCUGAGUGAGCUCGAAGAGUACAUUAACAACGUUGAACCCGUGGCUUUUUCCAAGCGGGUCCCUCACUUCCCUGUUGCUCGGCCCACAAACCUGCCGCACCCCAAACCUGGCAGCCGGGAGCUGCUGCAGAGGCCCGAGUGGGUGCACGAGUUCCUGCCCCCUAUGCACCCUGAGCUGGAAGAGGAGGAAAGUAUGCUCCUGUCUCCUGGGUCGGGCAUUGAUGGCAUGAAAAGAGAUAUGGCUUCCAACAGUGCUGGCGAGGAAAUAUCUUCUCCUCAGGGAAGUCCGCAGCCCACCAAGCGAAAUGCUGAUGGCACGGAGACUCCCAACCCCAAGCGCUUCAGGCUCUGCACGGAGGAAGAAGGCCAGCCCAUGCGAGAGGUGACGAGUGUGUUCAUGACACCUUCGGGCUUCAUCUCGCCAGCUCGAGAGGGCAAGCUGCCAGAGCCGAGUGCUCCAUCGUCAUUCAUCAAAACCCUGCCGGCUGGCAUGGCCUUUGACUCUGAUUCCUCAGACAGUAUAGAUGUACCACACAAGGAAGUGAAGCUGAAGGAGCCCAAGAAAACUAUAAAAGUGAAGAAAGAGGGCAAGGAUGGCAAGAAGGCCAAGGCGAGCAAAAAGGACAACAAGGAGAACACACAUCUGAAGAAGGCUCCUUCGCUUUAUGUCCCUUUCAUGAGCAAAAAGAGUUCAAGCAGCAACCCCAUGCUCAAGAUUAAAAAGAAACUUGCCAAGGGCCUCAAGCUGUCCAAGGAACUCAAGCUGUCCAAGGAACUCAAGCUGUCCAAGGAACUCAAGCUGUCCAAGGAGCUCAAGCUCUCCAAGGAUGGCAGCAGCAAGAUGGCCAAGAUCAAGUCCAAGAACAAGGAGGGAAAGGUGAAGGAAGGAAAGAUCAAAGAGGGUAAGAUCAAGGAAGGAAAGAGCAAAGAAGGAAAGAGUAAAGAGGGCAAGAGCAAGGACAGUUCCAAGUCAAAGUCAAAGAGCAAGAACAAGCUGGGGAAUCCAGGAGGCACAGGAGGCCUGAUGGCCGUGGCCGGGCUGACGCCAAAGCCUGCCAAGAUUAAGUCACUCAACAAGUCCAAGAGUCCAACAGCUUCAAAAGCAGAAAAGAAAGAGAAGAAGAAGCAGGCAGCGGCAGCCGCAGCCGCUGAACCUCCGAUUCCUUUCUUAUUUGCACCGAUGCCGACACCACCUCCCCCCGCACCUGUUGUAGCACCGCCUCCUGCUCCACCUCCUCCCGUCCCUCCACCACUUGUACCAUCCCCACCACCGGUGCUGUCUCCUCCUCACUUGCCUCUCUCAUUGACGUCCAUGAUUCCUCCCUCCAUGCUGUCGACCAUGACACCACUGCAGGUGAUGGCGUGCAAGGCAGAGGAGGAACGCAGCAAGCUGAAUGCAGCUGCCGCUGCAGCUGCUGCUGCUGCGCAGGAAAGUGCGGUGAUUGCAGAUGACCCGUAUGAGGACGAGCCACUUUCUCGCGAGGAGUCCCCAGAGCCGAGACUUGUGAUUGAUGACUCACCUGAGACACUUAGCAAGCAGGAGAAGGAGAACCGGCUGGCCGACAUAGAGCAAUGCAUUGACGCUGUGAUUCAGAAGGCACGCGAGGAAUCUCGGCUUGAAGAGAAGAGGGAGACCUUGGAGGCAGCCAUGUCUGGUAUGCUGAACCGCAAGCUGGAGCCGAGGGAUGUCUACGACUUCACGGACUCUGACUCGUCACCUCCCCCGACGCCCAAGACGCCGGACUUGGUGGGUUCGCCAGCUCCAAAGAAAGAGGUCAAGGAACCUUCACCAGAGCAUAUUCCAGGCCCACCUGUCAACACCGAACAAAAGAAGUCCAAAGAAAAGACUAAGGGCAAGAAGAAGUCAGGCAAGAACAAAUCAACUUCGGGAACGCCAUCCCCCAAGAAGGGGCUUCCAAAGACACCUGAAAUGAAAGCAUCUCCUCUCAUUGCCCUGUCCCAGCGGUCGGAGACAUCCCCAGAACCGGCACCCAGCUUCUCGGGUGUGUUUCCCUUCUCCCAACAACAGCAGCAGCUGCAGCAGCCCCAGCAACAACCUCCUGGUCCCCUGUUCUCGCCGAAGUUUCCUGCCUUUGGGUCACCGCCGACUCAGGGUUUCCUGCCGGCAUUUCCAUUCUCCUCGCAGCUUCGGGCAGGCACAUCUUCCCACUUCCCAACACCCCCGCUGUUUGUUCCACCACCUUCCUCUCGCGAUGACAUGUCGCCAGCAUCCUCACCUACGGCACCUCCCCCUGGAGGAGGCCUUAUGGGUCCUGUGGUGCUUGGUGGGAGCCCCUUCGCUGUCAAGACUUUGGCCGAAAAGAAAGCCAUACCCCCUAUUGUGCCGUCCACGAGCCGUAUGGAUGAAGACAAGCCAUCCUUCCCUAAAUCUGAAAAAGAUGGUGAAAAGUUUUCAAUGGACAAAUACUGGAAGCCUGGACUGAGGAAGGGCAGGCUGUCAGCAGCCGUAAGACGUGUCGUCAAGAGCAAAGCCAAAGAGAAGAAGGAGAAGAAGGUUGACAAGAAGGAGCACGUGAAGAAGAAGCCAAAGGAGAAGCUGAAGGAGAAGCCGCCCAAGGAGAAGAAAGAAGGGAAAGCCAAGCUGAAGGCCCCCGAGAAGACCAAGGCAGAUAAGAAGACGAAAACGAAAGUUGGCAAGGAGAAAGAGAAGAAGAAGGGAAAAGAGGAGAAGAAGAAGGACGAUAGCAUUCCCAAGAUCACUGUGAAGCUUGGAAGCACUCCCAAGCCCAGUGCAACAAAAAUCCUCUUCAAAGCACUGGCCCAAGGCGGUGGGGGCGACUCUCCCCCGGACCCAUUUGCAGCGUCGCCACCAUCCUCUCCAGUGCGAGCCCGCAGCCCAUCACCGCCAGUGCUGACUCCUGUGGCUGUGCCUCCGCCACCCCAGCCGCAGGCAAGUGGCCGGGGCAGCAAGGCAUCGUCCAAGGCCUCCAAGGGUGCGGCUGCCGCACCCCCUGCCUCCCAGCAACCACAGCUGGCCGAGGCCGCCUCUCCUCUCCCCACGGCCAGGAUGGUCAUCACCGAGACCGUUGGCACCAUUGUGGAUGAACGAGGAAACAAAAUCUGGAUAUGUCCCGCGUGCGCCAAACCAGACGAUGGCAGUCCCAUGAUCGGCUGUGACGAGUGUGAUGACUGGUAUCACUGGGUGUGCGUGGGAAUCGUGGUGCCCCCGAAGGAAGAGGAGAGCUGGUAUUGCAACCGUUGCAUUGCCAAGAGGCAGGGGGCCCUGGCCAAGAAGAAGAAAAAGAAGCACCGCAAGGACAAGUGAAGUUGCGGCGCCUCUUUUCCCUGGGAACAGUGGCGCGUUGCACCCCCCAGGUUUUGGAGAAGCACGUCCCCCCCUCCAUCCGAUUCUCAUCGUCGUCUCCCGACCACCCAAUGCACAUUCUUCAUCCCAUUCGUUCAUUUCGUUCUUGGAACGCGCGCCAUGAUCACAAGGCGACCUUGUGGCUGCACGGUGAAACGUGUUGACUGCACCAACCGCUGCCACGCGCGAUGUGCUCCCUCCUUGCUCAUGUACUUCGUUUUCUUUCUUUAUUCUUUAAUUAAAGAAGCCGCUCUUUUCUUUUUCUUUCUUUCUUUCUUUCUUUCUAUUUUUUUUUUUUAAUGGACAGCCCUCAGUGACUUAGUGCUGUGUUGCGUUCACCUUAUUUGGACGGAAGAGAGACAGUUGUUGCCCUGACUUCGGCGAGGUUCCUUGUGCAAGAAAAAAAAGUGGUGCCGCACAGUGAAUCCCGUACCUCGCGGAAAUAGUAUGUAGAACAUAUAUACCCUGGGGGUAAGUCUCUCGUCAUUAUGCCAUUCAUUGUCACUCUUCCACCGUUCCCACGUACCUAGUUUUAGUUGGCGCAUUAGCCUUACUGAUGUUUGUUAUCGAUUGUUACGUGCGCUGUUGGAGGCGUACUGUUUGGUUAAAAAAUUUUUUGCUGACUUGCUGUUUACAAGCGGCCACUGGUCUCCUGCACCACGAGGCUUGUUCGUCCUUUGUGUACCAUUCCUUGUGUUGUGUGUGUUUCAUUGUGUAAUCUUGCCAGGUCCACUCAUAUUAGCACAAGGCUGGGACAUUCAUCUUAGUUACCUUGACGUGGGAUUUAUAACUAGGUGCUGGGCAUGCUGUUUUAUCAUCAUUGUUUUAGUUGUGGUAUUUUGUUCAGACAUUGUUAAUUUCAUUCAUGGUUCCCAUGUCCCAGUGAUCCAUUGUGUUUAGUUCCAUUGAUGUAUUCAAUCCAUUGUUUAGGAGCCCUUGGUUUAGCAAGGUUAGCCUAGCUCUUUUUUUUUUUCUUUGCUGUAAGACAGUUUAUUAGGUAGGAUUUGCUGCUUUAUGUGCACACGCAUUAGUGCUUGCAUGUAAGCUGUGUCAUAGAAUUGUGCUGUCCUAACCUCAUUGUCAGACGUAACUCUAGUAGCUGGUUUCAGAGUGCAGCAGCUGUAAAUAUAGCAUGCGCAUCUAUUUAUUUGAACUACGCACCUUAUUUUACUGCUGUUGGAAACUUAUAUUGGAGGCAUUUUGCUCCUGGCAUCGUUGUUGUGUUCAUGAUUAUAACACUGCAGUUCUAGUGCUGUAAAAAAACAAAAAAAAACAAGAGGUUGAUGUUUCGACGGCAAUUGGCUGGCUCACUUGAAACGUCCAAUGUCCAAAGAUUCGUAGACAUGGUUAGUACCAGUGCAUUGCUGGUGGUGACAUGUCAUGGUGGCUCACAUGUCGCUACUCACGUGUUUGUUCUUGACGGUGUGUUUUUAGCACCCAAACAAAUUUGAGGUUCAGUUUGGGAAGGUUUUGCUUGUGGUUGCUGGUUCAUCCUGUUUAUUUUUGUUUCUACAUGCACAUAUCACUUUGUAGCUUAUGGUAUAAAAUGAUGCAGACUUGCAAUAGUUCAGACUCAGACAAUUACAAAUUCCUGUUGAUUCAAGCAAAUUGCACAGUUGUGGUUGGCCUGCCAUGUUUUUAGUGCAUUUUAAAGCCCCAAUUGUUCUAAAACAACAUGGGACAGGGAUUUUCGUUAAAAAAUUCAUUUUUGCCUUGCCAGGCGGAGGAAUGUGUCCAAAUAUAGUCGACGUGAAGAUGCUAGGUUUGAACAGUUUGAUAUGCAGGCUGCUGUAGUGCUAGUAUGAAGUAGUGCUACCCAACCUGGCCACUUUAGAUUUGACUGGCUAGUUCCUAUCUGGUUUCGUAUUCUUAUUCUCAUAGGAGAUGCUUUGAAAUACAAUUGGUUGUAUUUAUAUAUUGGUGUAAUUACGUCUUGGACUCCAUAUUUUAUUCACCAUUGGUUUAUUCAAACAAACUCUGUAGUACCUAUGAGUUUGAAUUUAUGCGGGUUGACUGUACUGCCCAGCAAAUAGUGCUGAGAAAUUUAGUCUGUAGUUGGGCGGUUACCAUGUAAAUGAAUAGUAGUCGCCAUUUUGCAAUAUUGCAGGAGUAGCUUCUCUAUACAAUCGAAACUUGAUAUUACAAAUUAUUGGAUGUAAUGAAGUGAAUACAAAAUGUUUCUUGCCGCUGUCAAUAUAUAAGAAAUACAUGCUUAUAAGGAAUAUUAAAUAUAACGAAGGUAUUUUCAUGUUGGAUGCAGCUUCAUUAUAACUUGGGUCAACUGUACAUGUUGCUUGUGAAACUUGCCAAGGUUGAAGACUGGGCGUGUUUGUACAGCAUAUUAGAGGUUGGAUUGUGCAACAUGUUGCUGAGAGACACAGAAGGAAAACACGCGCUCUGUGGUGUGUGUUUCUCUUCUGUGUGUCUCGUCAAAAUUUUGUGCAAUUCAACCUCUAAUUUGCUUGUGAAAUGUUUCAACAACCUAGAUUUCUGGAAUGAAUUGCCUUCAGGCUGACUAUCAUUUUUACUUGCCUUUUGUGCAGUGUCACGUCUGUUAAAGCUCUGAUAGCAUCAUCUUUAAACGUUUUCAAAUGAUGGUUUCCUUAUUUUGUUGUUUUUGUACAAUCCUCCUUGCAGACAAAACUUUCUUUUACUUCAUGUGUACAGCUGACAUGACAGUGUGAAAUGUGCAGGCUGGUGCUUUGGUUGCCUCAGUGUCACAGCCAAGAAAGCGGCACAGACGUUUCUCUUCGUACUGUCUCCUUCUCCACCUACUCAGUCAUGAUCUUAGCAACAACGAGAGUUAAACGAAGCCCUGGAUUUUAUUUACACUGCCGUCAUUGGUGGGCCCACCACUGUCUGCCAGCAUUGCUCGAGAAGAUGGGUUGUUGAGCAGCAUGUAGGUACCUGUCAGUUUUUCUGAUGGGUAGCAGUCUGGGUAAAUGAAUUGCUUUCUUUGUAGUAUCUGAUUUGUCACUAGGUACAUUGUGCUCCGUCAUGUACCAUUUGCUGGUCAAAGUUGGCAGGAACCAUUCGUGUCUGGUAGUUCUGAUUGUUCCUGCAUUCUGGGUUGCCUUGUCAUGACAUUGUUUGCCUCUGUAGUUGUGUUCUUUGAAGAGGUGGCUUCUAAACAUCAGCUUUUCGUACAUCUUGCAAGCCCGCUGAUGUACUCCUACUUCCUCGGCUCCUAGAAAAUACAUGCAGUCAAGGUACAGGUGCAAUAAAGGCUUAUUAUGUUGACAUAAAACGAAAGCAAUACAUAUAUUGGUGAAGAUGCUGCACUUUAUUUCUUUUAAGCACAGCCAGUGAGUAAUUAAUUGAUACCUAUAGCCAGCCUCGCGUUGGCUGCUGUACAUAUGGCUUCUUCUCGAACUUAUGUUUGGCGUAAGGCAAUACUUCUCUUCUUGCACUUGUGUCGUUGUGAAGACAAACACCAUGGCCAUUGCUUUAUGAAAAGUGCUAAUAGGGAUAACAGGGUUCGGAGGCACCUGUUUUGCACUCACGGAACCCAUGGGAUGCUACAAGCAGCACCCACUUAUGGAGCACUUGGCUUAGAAGGAGUGGCCUAUCCAAUCAGUUUAGGCAUCAAAAGGUAUAAUUCUAAGCUGCUUUGGCAUUGUCUACUUUUUGAAAAUUAAUCUGGUGCAAGUUACACAUGUUGGUGAAAAAGGACAGAAGUCGGCAGACGCAUAGGGUUGGCCAAGUGUAUUUAGAUGAUGCAACAAGACCGCCUGAAUAGUGCUUCCCGGUCGUACAACUGGGAUAAAAGAGUAUAGUACUUUCUUUCUUGAAAAAAUCGAAGAGAACUACUGUCUGUGCUGCCAAGUUUGGAUUGAGCAGUUUAGUGUUGCUCAUCUGUUUCGGCCAGAGAUCGCAUCUUGCAUGUUGUUGAGCAGCUGGAACAGUGAUGAUGGAUUAUGUACAGGCCACUAAUGCAAACACUGUCCUUGGUCUAGUUGUCUUUUGUGUCUCAGAUUGCAUGUUUUUAUGGUGCUUUCUCUGUCUUUUCUCUCGUGCAAUCCCUCUUGAUUGUAUGAAAACUGAUGCUCCAAUAUGAGAUUUCUCAUAAGUAGGAGGCGCUGUUGUUACCAAGGGUCGGCAACUUAAGUUUGUCAUAAUUUUGCCCAUUUUUGUGCAGUCUGUAUUAAAGAUAGUCUUUUGUGGUGAGCAUUUUAGCAUACAGACGCUAAUUUUGUAACAUGGCUGUAAUUGCUGCUGCGAGCUGUUUGCAAGGAGGGACAGAACAUGUACAACCUUAUUACAGAAUUUUUUUUGUUGCAUAUGUCGCUUUUAGCACUUUGGAAGUUACAUCAAUUGUCCAGUAGUGCUUGUAUUAAUCACGGUUAAAUCAUGAAUUAAAGAUGCUAUUGCAUCAAGGCACGAAGUAAAAUGUUUCUGACAUUCUCGCGAUUGAUAGGGAAAAUCCCUGUGCACUGAAGUGCAAAUUAUAAGCCACUCAGUACAAAAGUUCGAGUAGUAGCUGCUCUUAUAUCUCCUAAAUCCAUUGCAGCACAAAUUUCGGUCUCAUGGCACCUGGUACAUAGACUGCACUCGCUUUUAAACAUAGCUUUUGGUGCAGUAUAAUAUCAGGUUGUUGACUUGGCUGUUUUGUUUUGGUACAUUUUCUGUUUCAUAUGCUGCUUUUGUGGGAGCUUUGGUUGGCAUGAACCACCUGUGCUGUACAUAUUUCGUUACAUCUUGCUUUAGGUAACCAUACUAUUUAGAAGCAGUGGAGAUGCAUUGUUCAAGAUUAUUGCUACUGUUUUUACACUAACAUGAAAAGUUUCUUACUACGGCUAUAGUGGUGAGAAGUCCACAUUGAUUAUCAAAGUGCAUUUUUCUUUUGCAAACAAAAAACACGGCAGUGAGAAAAAGAUAUUAAACUGCAGAGGUGUUAGAAAACUAAGUCUGAAUGUCAUUAUAGCUUAAAGCAUUAAGUCAAGGUCUCUCUGUAGUGAUUAGUGACUCCACAUGUAGAACUUCAUUUUGUAGACAUAUGAAAUAACUGUAGUGGUUGUUGAGUGCUAGCAUGUAUGUGUGCCAUCAAGAAAAGAUCCAGCAGGAAGAAGAAUGUAUAAACGUAACAAAUUGUUAGCCAUCAUUGGGUGCCUUUCUUUGCUUUUGUGUUUGUUGUUCUACUUGUCCACAAUUUCUUCUGUUAUAAUUUAUGCCUUGAUAGAAUUGAUGUCAGUAUACACAUGCUCUGAACAUGUGUGAAUGAUAAUUUUCUGACCCGGGGCUUUUCUCUUUAAUAGCAGUACAGUGUUUGAGUUGCAUGCUUUCGUCGCCUCUGCAACAUGCAAUCUCUCGUGAGCGCUUGUCUUGGUACCUAUGUCCUAAAACUUGAAGAUCAUGUUUGAUCAGGGCUCUAGUUCUUUGAAUUUGAAAAAUAAGAACUGUUUGUUUCAAUGGUGUUUAAACUUUACUAGCGUCGAGUGUGCAGUGGAAUACCUUCCUUCCUUCCUUUCCCAAAUUGUGCACCUUACAAUAUGCUAAAUGCCUGUAAAGCCGUACUAUAGCGAAUAGUCUGUCCUUUGUGUAGUAGCACCAGGUUCACAGGGGACUGUCUGACAUACAUUAUUUCAUGGUGUGUGGCUUAAAACUCGGAUACUUGAUUUCUAUCAUUUUUUUUUUGCACAACCUAUAUGUUAUGCUUGCUCCAGUCUCUCAAGGAAGGAAUGUAUCAUUCAUGUAAAGAGAAAAAAAUCAUCAUAAUCCCAGAACACACCUGCCAUUUGUUCACUCUGCUGUACGAACGACAUUAAAUAUAUUUUAUUCAUUCUGUAA